AUGGAAACGGGCGCUGACACCCAGCUCGCCGAAUACACAUUAGCUGAUGUUGCAAAGCAUAACCGCAAAGGCGACCUUUGGAUUGCCAUCCACGGGCAAGUCUUUGACAUCACGGAGUACCUGCAAGAUCACCCGGGUGGCGCAGAUGUCCUCAUUGAGACCGCCGGUUCGGAUGCCACCGCAGAUUUUGAGGAUGUUGGCCACUCCGAGGAUUCCCGCGAAAUCUUGCAGGAGUACUUGAUCGGCACCCUGAAGGAUGCGAAAGAAUACGUUGCUCCAAAGGCAGUCCGUGUGAUUGCCCCAAAGUCAGAGAAGAUUGAACAGUCGACAAGCAGUCGUUCAAUGCAAGUGAUCACUGGCACCCUGGGAGCGGUGACAGCGCUGCUCUGCGUCCUGAACCGGGGAACUCCCCGCAUGUUGGACAUUGCAAAAAUCCUGCAGAGAGUCGUGCCACAAGAAUUCAACGAGUUUAGGAUGCCAGGCGGAGGGUUUGCCAGUGGAUUCUUUGCAGCUACUCUCGCCUCUUGCGCUAUCGGAAGUGUCGUAGCUCGUCAAGCCGCCAAGUUGAUGAAGAUCGAAUCUGGGUUCAUGCGCUAUCCUCCACACGUCAGGGCACGGAAAAUGGCCCGGGCAGACCCUCACAUGGCCAAAGGGUUUCUUGACUCCAAAGAAUACCAACGCCUACCUCUGGUCCAGAAGGAUCUGUUGUCACCGGAUGUGUACCGAUUUGUGUUCGCUUUGCCUGAUAUGAAGGGAGUGAUCGGUCUUCCCAUCGGGCAGCACGUCGCCAUUCGCGCCAACAUCAACGGCAACAGCGUGACCCGAUCCUACACCCCAGUGUCGAACAACCUAGACUUGGGUCGACUAGAAUUGGUUGUGAAAUGUUAUCCUGACGGCUUACUGAGCGGUCAAUACCUUGCCAACCUGACUGUUGGUGACGAGGUGGAGUUCCGGGGACCCAAGGGGGCUAUGCGCUACAGCCGAGGGCUAUGUACUAAGAUAGGGAUGGUGGCCGGAGGGACAGGCAUCACACCUAUGUACCAGCUCAUUCGUGCGAUUUGCGAGGACGAGCGGGAUACGACCGAGAUCAGUCUGAUUUACGCUAGCCGGACGGAGGGAGACAUCCUACUGCGUGAAGAGCUGGAGGCCUUUGCACGCAAGUAUCCCAAGAACUUCAGACUCUGGUAUAUGCUGGACACGGCUCCGGAGGGAUGGAUGUAUGGGACCGGCCACGUGAACCCGACGAUUCUCAGCGAGCGGUUGCCUGCCCCGUCGGCGGAGACGAAGGUCCUGCUCUGUGGGCCUCCGGGCAUGGUAAACGCGUGCAAAAAGGCCUUGGCUGGAAUGGGGUUCCAGGCGCCAGGGUCGAUCUCCAAGAUGAGCGACGAGAUCUUUUGUUUCUAG